CGAAGCUGCAACAGCUGCCGAGGGCGGGACCACCACAGGCAAUGGCGGGCGAGGUGGAGAGCAGCAAGGCCCUGAGCGGGCUGCUGAACGGCCUAGCGCAGAACGCCUUCCAUGGGCACUCGGGCAUCACAGAGGAGCUUCUGCGCAGCCAGCUCUAUCCGGAGGUGCCAGCAGAGGAGUUCCGCCCCUUCCUGGCGAAGAUGAGGGGGAUUCUUAAGUCUGUUGCAUCUGCAGACAUGGAUUUCAAUCAGUUGGAGGCAUUCUUGACUGCUCAGACCAAGAAGCAAGGUGGGAUCACAGGUGAACAAGCUGCAGUCAUCUCCAAGUUUUGGAAGAGCCAUAAGAUAAAGAUCAGAGAGAGCCUUGUGAGCCAGAGCCGUUGGGACAAUGGAUUUCGGGGUCUGAGCUGGAGAGUUGAUGCCAAGUCUCAGUCAAGGCACUCAGCUCAAAUACACACCCCUGUUGCCAUAAUAGAGCUGGAGUUUGGGAAAAGUGGACAGGAAUCUGAAUUUCUUUGUCUGGAAUUUGAUGAGGUUAAGGUCAACCAAAUCCUGAAGAAGCUGUCGGAGGUAGAAGACAGUAUCAGCACGCUGAUGCAAGCAGCCUAAGUGAAGCUGAUGCGAAAGUGUUGGAAUAAAGGUGUUCAUUAUCCCC